AUGGAUAUUGACUCAACAUCAGUCAACAUGCGCCUCACACUCGCGACUCUCCUGGCAUGCUUCGUCUACAUGACGACUUGUGUAUCUGCCAUUGCCAUUAGCUAUCGCGUCCCCUGGAAGGAGGGCAAAAAGGAAGGCGCAGAAUCCAGCUCCGAAGAGAUCGAAACCACUCGCAAGGACUCGGUGAUAAAUGGCAUGUCCACUUGGUCGGGGGGCAAGUAUAAAGCAACUAUGGGUGGAUUUGGUGCUCGCGCCAUCAUUCAAGUUCAGACUGCCCAGUCAGGAAGCAACAGGAAGAAGACGGAAGCCCAAACCAUGAUGCAGGAAAUGAGGAGACUGGUCCAGCAGAACGCUCGUUCGCGCUCACCCUCGCCCGAGCCCGAGGGCAAGAAGAAGCCCGCCAGCAGCAGCAAAAAGACCCGCAAGCGAUCUCCUCAAUUCCGCAACAAGAGGCGAUCUUAUGCCAAGAGAGGAUAUAGCCGAUACUAG